AUGGCUGUUGGAAAGAACAAGCGCUUGUCCAAGGGGAAGAAGGGUGUGAAGAAGAGGACUGUUGAUCCCUUUUCAAGGAAGGACGAAUACUCUGUUAAGGCGCCCUCGACCUUCCAAAUCAGGGACGUCGGAAAGACCCUUGUCAACCGUACCAGCGGCCUCAAGAACGCAAAUGACUCCCUCAAGGGCCGUAUCUUCGAAGUUUCCCUCGCUGACCUGCAAAACGACGAGGACCACGCCUUCCGCAAGAUCAAACUUCGCGUGGAUGAGAUCCAGGGAAAGAACUGUCUGACCAACUUCCACGGUUUGGAUUUCACUACCGACAAGCUGCGAUCUCUUGUCCGCAAGUGGCAGUCUCUAAUUGAGGCCAAUGUGACGGUGAAGACCACCGACGACUAUCUUCUCCGCCUCUUCACCAUUGCCUUCACCAAGAGACGCCCCAACCAGAUCAAGAAGACUACCUAUGCGCGGUCUUCCCAGAUCCGUGCCAUUCGCAAGAAGAUGACCGAGAUUAUGCAACGUGAGGCCAGCAGCUGCACUCUUGCGCAGCUCACCACUAAGCUCAUCCCGGAGGUGAUCGGUCGCGAGAUUGAGAAGGCUACCCAAGGAAUCUAUCCUCUGCAGAAUGUUCACAUUCGUAAAGUCAAGCUCCUCAAAUCCCCCAAGUUCGAUCUUGGUGCGUUGCUGAACUUGCACGGAGAGUCCACGACAGAUGACAAAGGCCACAAGGUUGAACGCGAAUUCAAGGAGCAGGUCCUUGAGAGCGUUUAA